CGAGGUGGGCGCGUGGCAGCAGUCAUGCGGGACUACAUUAGCUUGAGGGCCCAGGCGCUGCUGGCUAAAAAGCCUGUCAAGAGAGGCGACGUGAUUCUGACCUCGAAGCCUUUCUGCACGCUGCUCGACUCCUCCGUCGUCGGCUGCUACUGCGAGUACUGCUUUGUCUCCUUCGUGAAGGACCGCCUGUUGACACGAUGCUCCGGGUGCGGGCGUGCCUACUACUGCAGCGAGAUGUGUCAGGAGCUGGGUCGUGCCCUCCACUGGCGGGAAUGUGUGGUGUUUCGCCGCAGACCAAACUACCAGCCCAAGGACUCCGCCAGGUUCCUCGCGAGGCUCAUCUGGGUGCUCAAGGACGGCGGUGAGGCGCGCGUGGAGAAGAUUGACGACAAAAGAAGUAGACGCUUUAAGGACCUUGUGAGCCACCGAAGGGAGGUGAGCAGGGACGAGGAGCAGACGAAGAACCUGGACAGCCUGAUGCCAGACCUUCGCCAGCUGGUGGGGAAGAGAGUCAUGCCCACUCGAGACUACCUGUUGGAAAUCUUUGGCAAGGUUCGCGUGAACAGUUUCUGCCUCCUGGACGACCGUCUCACGCCCAUCGGCACCAGCCUGUACCUCGCGGCGUCCUACAUCGACCACGACUGCCACGCCAACGCCUUCGUCACCUUCUUCAGGAACAAGCUGGUGGUGCGCUCCCUGGUGGACUGGCCCAAUCUGGACUGGAGCAGAGUGAGGAUCAGCUACCUGGACAUCAUGAACACCCGCACCUACCGCCAGGACUACCUCGCGCGCCACUACUACUUCACUUGUGACUGUCGCUUGUGCCGGGAUGACGCCCAUGACCUCCUCACGUCCACGGUACCGUGCGGAUCUUGCGGUGAACCCGUGUACCUGGAUGAGGAAGCUGAGGAUGCUGUGGGGCCUUGCGACGCGUGUGGUAAUAAAUCCUUCCCAGAUAACCUGAGGCAAGACUACCGCCGCGUGGCAGACCUCACCCGCCUUCACCUCAAGGAUCUGGACGAGGCAAACCCAGACCUGGAGGUGUGGAUGGAGGUGGUGGCGGCGCAAGAAGGCCUCAUGCACCCACUCAACCUGCUGCGGGCCAAGGCGCUGGACGCCCAGCUCAUGGCCACCUUCGUCCGCCAGGGUUGGCACACCGCCUGGGGACUCGCCAAGAAGAACCACGCAGCCAUGAGACAUUAUUACGGAGCCAAGCAUCCGACCUACGGCUUGUUCCUCAUGAGGCUGGGCAAGAUUGAGCUGUGCAACCUGGCCUUCUCAGACGCCUUCGAGCACCUGAGGGAGGCUGAGGAGAUCCUGGAGGCUGGUCUGGGCUCAAACCAUCGUUUGGUGUUCGACGAUCUCACGUGGCUGCUCAUUCAAGCCAGCGAGGAGAAGAAGAUACAGAUUCAGCGCUCACUCAUCUAUGGGAACCACCUCACUGCUCCCUCCUCCCGCCAGCAGCACGCCGAGGCCCACAGCCACGCCCACACCCGCGGCAGGAGCUGAGGGGCAGAGGACAGUGAGUCAAGUAGGUUCGAAUGCUUGAAGUGGAUUUCCUAAGCGCUUCGUGGAGUGAGCAGCAGCUUUCUUUAUCUCCGAGUUCGGGCGCGUAUCGGGCGCUAUGUUACCGCUUGCGGUGAGGGAAGAGCUUGCGGUAUCCAUGCGAAGGGUGAAAAAAACAAGAAAAAAAAAACUACAGAGUUUUAAGCUUGUCUGUUCUCGUGUGUAGAGAGGAGGUAGUUAAGUCCUCGGUAAACAAAGGCGCCAACCUCGCAAAACAUACGCUAGGUGAUGAUAGUGAUGCUGGUGGCGGGACGCGGCGGGCAAAGUUACAGUGUUUUCUUCAUGUCAUAGAAGCAGCAGGUGUUUUGUGCAUACUUAGUGAGUGCUGCGUGUUGCGUGUGUUGCUUGCGGUACUGAGGAGUAGAGGAGAAACGGGUGAGGGCAAAAAACAUAGGAAAGAGGGUUGGAGGAAGGGAGGAAGUGGCAGAGGUAUAUGGAAAGUGAAAGGAGAGAGGGAGACCAGUCCCUUACCCCUCUGUACAAUACAGCUUAGAACAAAUACAUCUGCGUCUUAGUCACCUCUUCAUGUAGACAGUUGGUAAAAACGAAUGGAAAAUUAGAAGAAAGAGACCAAACGGUAUUAAUUAUGCAAGUCUUCAUUUGUGCUCAUUACCAUUAUAUAAUAUUCACACACACCUCGCAGUCACCUGUCUACCAACACGUAAGUCAUGUCACGUGUCCUGCAGCUAUUUCACAGUGACUGGUGACUCAUGUGGGGUUGCAGACUCUGGAAGCUUGCAUGCACGGACUUGAAAGGUUGAUAAGUGACGGACACCUGGAACCGGAUGGCAAAAGAAAAAAAAAAG